CCUUUUCCCUCCCUCAAUUCAUUCAUUUCUUCCUUUCUUUCUUUUUUUGUUCGUCGUUCCUUCAUCAUGGCUGUCCGUUUCUUUCAGCUCUUUUCUCUCCUUACUUUGGCUGCUGGUAAGCCGAUUUUGUUCCCGAGGCAGGCCUCGGAUGCGCCGCAGGUCGGUGGCAAUGAGGGUCAGGGUCAGGGACUCGUUGAUGUGAAGUUGUACUCGCUCGGCAAUUCGACUGUUCGGGCGCAUGUCACGAAUGUUGGUAAUGAAGGUCUGCGCCUCGUUCGGAGUGGAAGUAUUUUGGACGGCGAUCAUCCGACGAAGAAGGUCGCUGUGUCUGGAGAUAAGGAAAACCCCAUCUUCAACGGUGCCGAGGUCACCUACAUCAACAGCCACCUUUCGCCCGAUGCUUUUGUGCAUCUCGCCCCGAACCAGACCAUCGAGUCGAUCUUCGACAUCGCCAACUCGCAUGACCUCUCGCCCGGUGAGAAGUACUCUGCCAUUGCCGACGGAACCCUCGAAUACACGCGGUCCGGCAACCCGAAGAAGUUCUCCGUCGUGCCGUACAAGUCUAAUGAGAUCCGCUUCGACGCUCCCGAGUCAAUCACCAAGGAUCUAUCGACCCGGUCGACCCUCGAGUCCUGCGAUGGCGAGUACAGCUCGCUCGUGAAGAAGGCGCUCGAGCGCGCUGCCAAGAUGGCCACCGCGGGUGCCAACGACGCACGCAACGGCACUUCUUCGCUCUUCGAGAAGUUCUUCAUGUCGACGGAUGAGUCCGAUCGCAAGGAGGUUGCCGAGCGGCUGGAUGCCAUUGCCAAAGAGGCCACCUCGAAGGGUGUCCUGACGUACUACUGCCAGCCUUCGGCGCAGGAUUCCUGCGGUGGCAAUAUCGCCGCCGUGACCUAUCCCACUGAGGACCGCGUUGUCAACUGCCAGGGUUACUAUGAGUCGACGGAGGUGUCGGAUACUUGCAACUACCUCGACCAGGCGGCUAUCUCUUUGCAUGAGUUCUCCCACGCCACGAGCGUGUAUGACCCCGGCACGGAGGAUGUCGCGUACGGAUACGACAGUGUGCUGCAGUUGAGUACUAAACAAGCGCUGAACAAUGCUGACUCUUUCGCGUACUAUGCUUCCGCCGUGUUCUUGAACUGCGAUGGCAGCGACGACAGCAACACCAUCCCGGGAACCGGUGGCUCCGGAUCGGACGACGAUGGCACGAUCACUCUCCCCUGGGACCAGGGAACCGAUGGUUCUGAGACCGGCGGCGACUCGAGUUCUGGUUCCCAGACCGAGACUGGAUCUGGCACCGGCACUACGCCCAACGUCGUGACUGUCACCAGCACCGUCGCGGCACCGGCUGGUAACGGCAACAGCAACGGUAACGGACAGGGCGGAAACAUCAUCCCCGUCUUCUGGCCUCUCGGAGGAUCCAGCCAGUAUGAGGGUGGAGAACAGGAACAAACCCAAAACCAGGCCCAGGCGAUCCCGACAGAGAUCGCCGCAAAGCUCGGAAAUGGAUGGUUCCCGAUUGGUCUCGGAUCUUCAGAGGGAGAUGUCCCUGUCCAGACGCCGCAUUUGCAUCAGGGCUGGGUUAAGGGAGCGCAUGGUGGACACCACCAUUGAAGGCACUAGUUAUAGUCAUUAGUGUUGGGUGUUGGGUGGAAGAUGGUUUUGACUUAUCUCUUUGUCAAUCUCCAUGUCUAGAGGUG